AUACAUUAUGUGGGAAUGGGCUAUUCCAUUUGCCCCGUAGGGUGAGUGCGUGGGCGUCUGUAGUUGAGCAGGAAGUUGUUUGCCUUUACCGCUAUCCAGAUUACACCGUUGUGAUUUUUUUCAGCAGGGGUGGUGGCUGCUGUUUUCUCCAAAACUUCCAGUCCGAUAAAGCAUGGGAAUGUAGCAAAGUAACUUCAAAAUAACUUAAAUUAGACUAACGGAACACAUUCGACAAUAGUCGAACAAGUCAGAGUCAGACACGUUAUUCAAAGACUUUCUACUGAGUUUUGUAGCUACUGAGAUUAAGUUCGGACAAAGACAGACUGAAUAGCUAGCUACUAGCUAGCCAGUUAGCCACAACGCUAGUAAACGAAAGGGUCAGACAGACUCCUCUGCGACGCAAUGCAGGCCAUAAAGUGUGUCGUCGUCGGGGACGGAGCGGUGGGUAAGACAUGCCUGCUUAUUAGCUACACCACCAAUGCCUUCCCAGGAGAGUACAUCCCCACAGUGUUUGACAACUACUCUGCCAAUGUGAUGGUGGAUGGUAAGCCGGUCAACCUUGGUCUCUGGGAUACAGCAGGACAGGAAGAUUAUGACAGACUUCGUCCUUUGUCCUACCCACAGACUGAUGUCUUCCUGAUCUGUUUUUCUCUGGUGAGCCCUGCCUCAUUUGAGAACGUCCGUGCCAAGUGGUACCCAGAGGUUCGCCACCACUGUCCCAACACACCCAUCAUCCUGGUGGGCACCAAGCUGGACCUGAGGGAUGACAAGGACACCAUUGAGAAGCUCAAGGAGAAGAAGCUCACUCCCAUCACCUACCCACAAGGCCUGGCUAUGGCCAAGGAGAUUGGGGCAGUCAAGUAUCUGGAGUGUUCAGCCCUGACCCAGCGAGGCCUGAAAACGGUGUUUGACGAGGCGAUACGGGCCGUCCUCUGCCCCCCGCCCGUGAAGAAGAGGAGGAGGAAGUGCUCCCUGCUCUAAGACUCCCCUUAAGAGGAAGUAUCAGGACUGGGGGUCUAGCUCAGUGGGGUGGGUGAGCGUGAAGGGGGAGAUACAGGAAACACAGACACAAAAACAAUUUACUUCAAAUUAUUUCUUAGCUACAUGCUCUAACACAUAAUGCUUUAUUUUGUAAUGUUGGGUUUUCGAAAAGGGAUGAAUGUGACUCCCCAGUCCCUUCAUUUAACACACAGUGGACAAACACACAGACAUACAUUAAUGAAUUCCUGAGGCCUUCAAGGAUUUGAACUUUUGUGAACAUGAUCAUGGAAAGUUUUUAGAUUCUUGUUCUUCCACUGGUAGUUACUAUUGUUUGUUUACAGUCUUGAGUUUUGUUUUGAGUGGAGAGCCUUGUUGCCAAAAUUAAUUCUGCAGAUAUUAAAAGUUGUACAGUUUUACAAUUACAUAGCAGACAGCAGUGGCACUUGCUGUGUCUCCUUGAAGUUUACACCUUAAACGUACAGCAAAAGUUUGGCACAAUGCACAGUAGCCUGUGGUUAAAAUGUCCUAGUAUUCAUUUAGUUUGUAGGAGACAGUAUGAAAAACAUUUCAUUAAUGAGGAACCUGAAAGACGACAGCAACAUGUUGAAGAGGCUGUCUUUCGUCUCAGUAAUCUUGAUUAUCCUUACAAUGAUAUUUGAUGUUAGGACUGUUUGGGUAUGAAGAGACUAAAUGAGGACACCUUUAAAUGGUGUUUGGGCAUUUAUUUGAAACAGUAUAUUUUUUUCAUUUUCAUAAGUAUCUUUUUAUUUUAUUUUUUAUAAUUAUGUACAAUUUGCAUUAGCAUCUCUACUGCAUAACAAACUUCAGGAAGGAAGGCACCUAUAUCACAAGUUCUAAAUGGUUACAAAGCUACUCUCAAAAAUGAAAUCUAUAAUCAUCCUUGGUUAUAACCAUGUGAAUUAGCUAUUUGCUUCAUUAUUCUCAGAAGUUACACAUCACUCACUGUAUUUUAAAACUAACACUUAGAAUAUUACUGUUCAAUACCUCCUAUAAAUGAUUAACACUACCUUAAUCUCACUUCAAGUCUAGAUAUCUUUGUAAUUAAUGCUUUUAGCAUGCAACAGAUUAAAGUAGGAUUGCUACAUUGAUAUAUUUUUGCAUAUUUACAUAGUUGAACUGUUAGACGAGGGUUAAAAGUAAAUGAGGUUAACUGUUGUAUUCAGGCAUCGGGCUGUACUUCCACUUCAAGCCAAUGUGACCUUUUAGUUUUAUGGAUAACGCUAUUGUCACUUUUUUUGAGGAAGCCAAUAAAUUUUAAUAAAACUGA